AUAUGGGCAUAUGGUAACACUGAAACAACAGAAACAAGUAUUCCUUGCGUCUACAAAUUACGGUUUGCCGACUUUGCCGUCAUUGUUUUUCCACUUUAAAGAUUAAAUUCUACCCGUACAUAACAAGAAAAAUUAACAAUAGUUUAAAGCUAUCCGUAUCAAUCUGUUAAGAAUAUAAAUUGAAAAAUGGCCGGUCUUGUUGUUCAAUCGCGCUUUGCGGGGCUUCUGGUGGAAGGCGAAGAUUAUUGCUCGGAUGAGCAGAAGAAGAAAAUCAAGAAUAACGCCGCUAAAAAAGCCGAGCCUCCAAAAAAAGCAAAACCAGUACCAGUUAAGACUCAGGUUCCUAAGAAAAAGAAGCCAAAGCAGGCUGCUCAGACGUCCAACCAAUGGGAACAGUGGAAGCAGAAGGAUGAACAACUUGUGGAUGGUAAUUUUGAAGAGGAACUGCAGCAGGCUAUUCUACUCUCAAAAUUAGACUAUGAAGAAAAAAAAGAUGUUUACCAACAGAUAAAGAAAGAAGCAGAAAAUACGAAGAAGAAAGAAGAAGCUGCCCGCACAUCCAUAAAGAAGCAAAAAAAGAAGAAUGUAAUGAGCCUUGACCAGUUUAAUGAUAUGGUUACUGCUGGUGACGAACCUAAAACAAGCCAAGAAGAAGAAACACCCACAGAACCCAAAAGUGAAAAGCCUAAAGACGACACAGAGUUCUUCGAAAGAGUAAAAUCAGAGACAAAGAGUGAAUUACUAAAAGACAAAAUAAUAGACAGGGUAAAGUCACAAACUCGUCAUCAAACCCCAGAUAUAACUAAAGCACAGUUUGUUGAUGCGCUGGAAAAGAAAGAUAAAGAGAUACAUGCACUUAAAGAGGAGGUCACAAAUUUGAAAAAAGAAUUAUUAACAGUAAAGUCUAGAAAUAAGAAGUUAUGCAGUAUAUUAGGACAGGGAGAAAUGAAGGACAAAGCGGAGGUGCUGGUGGAGGUGGAGAGGCUGCGCGCCGUGCAGGCCGAGCUGACGGGCGAGCUGGGCGCGCUGCACGGCGCGCUGGAGCGCGAGCGCUCGCGCCACGGCGACCCGCGCGCUAAAGACAAGAAAAAUGGCACAAAGAAGAAAAACAUACGUUUUGACGUUUCCUCCGAAGCCUUAAUAUCAAAGGAAUCAAGUUCAGGGACUGCCUGAGAAGAGAUUAAUUAAUUUAUAAAAGAUAUAAAGAAACUAAAGUGAUAGUAAAAGAUAUAGAAAUAAAUGCCUAAUUUACAGUAAA